AUGUGGCUGGGCAGAGCCCUGAGAGCCCUGCAGGGGCGGCACAGCCGCGAUAAGAGCCCGGCACGGCUUUCCAAGGGCAGGCAGCCCCAGCCGCCGGAGGAGGAGAGUGAGGGGCGGCAGCUGGCCCGCAGCACCGGCGGCUUCUUGCUGGGCAUGUUCCUGGCCAGCCUCUACGGGGCUCUGGUGCUGCUGGCGCAGGGCCACAACGUCUGGUUCUGCCUGGUCAGCACCAGCAUCCUGGGUGCAGUGCUGGGGCUGGGCAUGGCCUUCUCUGGCAACAUGCGGCUCACCGUGCUGCUGUCACUGCCCCACAUCUUCACCAGGGAGGGGAAGAUGCUGAUGCUGGUGCUGGCGCUGGGCAUGGCCAUGCAGGGCCCCUGCGCCAACAUCCUGCAAAACUUCUCCCGGGCCGCCGAGUCGCUGUCAUGCGGGGCCGAGCUCGCCCUCAACCAGACGGCCGAACGGCUGCAACGCGCCAAGGAGCCGCUGAUGGACGUGCUGGACAAAAUCAAGGACAUUGCCCAGAAAGCCAAGGUGGUGGGUGACCACGUCCGCAAAUUCUUCCGUGCCAUCAUGGACUCUGUUAGCCACAUCGCCCGAGCCCUGCGCAACGUCUGGCUGUGGCUGGCCAACAUGAGCAGGGUGUGCAAUCGGGAGCUGGGCACGCCGUACAACCGCUGCCUGCGCCUCUUCGACAACGCCAAGGACAACUGCGAGCGUACCAUCCCCCUCCUCUUCUUCCUCUGCUACAUCAUCGUCACCUUCAGGACCCUCUGUGGUCUGGCCACCUUUGCCCUCAUCUUCUGUGUCAUCCCGGAGUACAUCCAGACCUUCCUCCAGAGGCAAAUUGCAGACCCCCUCAAGAAUGCUCUGGACCGCGUCCGCCAGGAGUUUGAAUUCAACAUCUCGGCUGUGCACCACUUCAAUGUCAGCCUCACUGCCAGCAAGAGCCUGGGGGAGGUGGCCUUGGACAUCAUGGAGGGCGUGCACACACAGCUGGAGCCCACCCGCAAGGUCCUGGGGAUCUUCACGCACAUCUCCAUCUGUGCCAUCAUCUACCUCUACAUCAAGGCGCUGCGGUACCGUCGCCGGUACCUGCAGGACGAGACCUUCGACAACGUUUACAUCACGCGGCGCUUUGUGGAGAUGGACCUGCUGCGGGCGGAGCAGGGCAGACCCACCGUGCUGCCCCUGAGAGGCCGGGAGAGAAGACGCUACAUCCCCCCAGCUGCGCCGUGGCUGUCGUGGAAGGAGCAGCGCCAGUAUGGGAUGCAGCUGGUGGGGGUCCUGCGCCAUAUGCUGCUGGGGAUCAGCAUCAUCCUGGCUGACUUCGGCCUCUUCUGGCUGCUCGACCUGAUCCGGCACCAGCUGGAGGGGGAGAUUGUCGCCAGGGCACCGGCGGUGAUGGGUGUCAACGUCAACGGGACGGGCUACACCAGUGACAUCUUCCGGGACUUGGUCUCUGCCUUCGGCGCACUGCAGCAGGGCAACGUCUCGGUGCUCUCCCAGCGCUGCGUCCUCCAGCCGGUGGAGCCCGACUACAUCACCUACCUCAGCAUGGGACUCCUGUAUGGUGCCUGCUUCUUCAUUGCUGUCUUUGGCGGCCACAUGGCACGGCUGCGCCGGGUGGUGUGUGCCACCUACUACCCAAGCCGUGAGCAGGAGCGCAUAGCCUUCCUCCAUAGCACCAUCCUGGCACGGCGGGCAGGGCUGGUACGCGCCCUGCGCCAAGCCAUCACGCAGCACACGGGUGAUGCUGGGCAAGGCAACCUGCUCCUCUUCCUCAUCUCCAGGAUGCCUAUCCUCGCCCGGCUGGCACGGUUCCUGGGCAUCCAGCAGAAACGCUGCCUGGCCUGCGGCAUGGCGGAGCAGCCGGACUUCAUCGCCUGCAUCACGAUGGGCUGCAAAGGGCUGUACUGCCGCGAGUGCUACCAAACCCUGCGCAACAUCUGCACCCUCUGCAUGGGUCCCCUGACCUACCGGGACACAGGGGACGAGGAGAGGGACUCCAGCGACGAGGAGACGGUGGGGCUGUGGCUGGGUGCCGUGCAGGCGCUGCGGGGACAGGAGCAAGGACGGCUGCUGAAGCAGAGCAUCCGUGAGGUGGCGGAGGGCCAGGGUGGCGGCCGGCGGCUGCCCUCCGAGCUGGUGGCCCGGCUGCGAGCCCAGCUGAAGGAGGAGGAAAGUGAGAAGAGCGAUGGGGACAGCAGCGGGCCGGACAGUGAGGACAGCUCAUUCUCCAGCCUGGACUUCAGCUACCAGGACCAGUCUGAGAGCAGUGAGAAUGAGCUGGAGGAGGUGAUGACCGAGCAGCCACCCAGCAGGGAGGGCAGGGCCCGGUGACAGCAGGAUGGUGCCAUGCGGCAGCGAGGACACCGGGCCAGGCUCCGGGGGCAUGGCUGGAGCCCAAGCAGCGCAGUGGGAGCUGGGGGUGGGUGGGUGGAGGGGCUGGGGACUAAAGCAACUGGGUCCUCAAGGUGCCAGCGUCCCAGUGGCCUGAGCUGGCAUCCAGCACCUCAUGGUGGUCUUGGCCUCGUGGUGUCCCCAGCCCCUCGACAUCCUUGUCCCCAGCCCCACAGUGCCCCCAGCCCCUUGAUGGCCCCAGCCCCUGCCCUGUGGUGCCCCCAUCUCCAUCCCCAUGCUACACCCACCCCCUUGAUGUCCCUAUACCAAGCGCCACAGUGCCCCCAGCCCCUCAAUAUCACUGUCCCCAGCACCUUG